AGCCGCGAGGAAUAGAUACCUCCGGGGAUUUGCCAAUCUGUGGUCACGAGGUGGAGCCCUGCUCUACCAAUCAGAGACCGGCAUCCCCUCUGCCCUUCCCCGGUCGUUUGGCCAAUGGCGCUCUCAAACUAGUGCGGGGUGGGGAGAAGAGAGGGCGGGGAGGUGAAAUUAGUUGGCGAUUCGGUCCCUUGUGGGGAGGAGCGGUCCAUUCUGUUGGAAUAUAAAGUGGGCUAGCCUACGCGAGUGCUGGGAUCCCAAGAAGGACUGGGGAAAACUACGAUGAGAAUUUUUUUCUCCAAGGCUUAUGUUGAUAUCUGACCCUAACUCCGCAUAUGACAGGUGCCCCGACCUUCCAGGCCGCCAAGAAUUGGUCCGGGGGCUACAGAUCCUAUGAGACGGGAUUAUUUUUUUAUACGUACGAAAUGUGUGCACCUCAGAAGGCUCCCCUGAAAUUAGGAUCCUGGCAUACUAUAGCUGUCACCACAGGUGAAUAGACCUCACCAGCUAAAUCUCCGGGAGAGAAUUACUAUUAGUCAGAAAGGAAAGAAAGAUGGAGAAGUUAUCACUAAUGGAAAAGGGAAACAUGCAAUCAAAGAUGCCCCCAGACAAGGCCUCAUCUUCUCAAUUGCCUGUGCUAGGCCUCAGCAAAAAGAGAAAACUAGAUAAAGAGAAUGCCCCUGAGCCUGAGAAGAAGCGGAUUCGAGGUGCUGGAACAGCAGUGACUAUGGCCAUCUCUCGUCCCAGGGUCCCCACUGUGGCUACUAUGUCCAGGGUGAAAAAACAGGAUGCCGCCCAGAAAGCUCCCCUGAAAUCAGGACCUUGGCAUACUACAGCUGUGACCACCGACUUGAAGAGUAGGAAGCCAGUCUCUGCCUGCUCUGCACCAAAACCUGUAUCAGCAGUGUCCCCUACAACUGCAAGGAAGAGACCUAGCAAGCGUCCAGCCUGGGAUGUGAAGGGGCAGCUGUGUGAUUUACGGAAGGAGUUCAGUGCCUGCCAGGUACAGACUGAGGUUCUAACCAGGGAGAAUCAGGAACUAAAGAGCCAGCUUGGACAGGCUGAGCAACAAGCCAAAACUCUGGAGGCUGAAAACAAGGUGUUGACUGCAGAGCUGACUGAGACUCAAGCCCAAGCUAAGGAAGACCAGCUAGAGCUGGCGAGGCUAGGGCCCCGUGUCCAGGAGCUUGAGGAACAUCUACAUACUCAGGAGGCUCUAGUUAAAUCAUUGCAAGAAGAGCGGUUAAGGUUGCAAGAGGAGCGAAGGGACCUUGCUACUCGGCUAGAGGUACAGGAGGUACAACUCCAAGAAUCAGUGGCAGCCCUGGCCAAGAGUCAGGCAGAGAUCACAGCCCAGGCGGCCUUGUUGGCUGAGAGGACAGAGCAUCUUCAUGGUCUUGAGAUGGAGCGGCGAUAUCUGCACAACCAAUUGCAAGAGCUCAAGGGUAACAUCCGGGUCUUUUGCAGGGUUCGCCCUGCCCUACCUGGAGAAACAGAGCCCCCUCCUGGCCUCAUCCUCUUUCCUCCUGGGCCUAACGGGACCUCUGAGCCCUCCACUCGACUCAGCCUUACUCGGCCACCUGAUGAUCAUCGGUGUAGCAUCAUAGGAGGGCUACCAGGCCCUCCUGUCCGCUAUGACUUCUCCUUUGACCGAGUGUUCCUACCAGGCUGCAGACAGCAUGAGGUGUUUGAGGAAGUCUCCCUGCUUGUACAAUCAGCCCUGGAUGGUUACCCAGUGUGCAUCUUUGCCUAUGGCCAGACAGGCAGUGGCAAGACAUUCACGAUGGAAGGAGGACCAGGGGGAGACCCUCAAGUUGAGGGGCUGAUCCCACGAGCUGUAAGGCAUCUAUUUUCAGUAGCCAAGAAGCUGGAGGCCCAAGGGUGGAGCUACACCUUUGUGGCUAGCUAUGUGGAGAUCUACAAUGAAACCAUCAGGGACCUGUUGGCCUGUGUGGGUGGGGCCCAAAAGUGCCAGGGGGCCAACUAUGAGAUUCGACUGGCCGGCCCCGGAAGUAAGGAGCUUAUUGUCACCAAUGCCCAAUAUGUUCCUGUUUCCUGCCAAGAGGAGGUGGAAUCCCUGCUCCAUCUGGCUCGUCAGAAUCGUGCUGUGGCUCGAACAGCACAAAAUGAGCAGUCAUCACGAAGCCACAGUGUGUUCCAGCUGCAGAUUUCAGGGAAGCACAUGGGGCAAAACUUACACUGUGCAGCACCUCUCAACCUAGUGGAUCUGGCUGGGAGUGAAAGACUGGACCCUGGAUUGUCCACUGGCCCCUCAGAUCAGGAAAGACUGAAAGAGACCCAGGCCAUCAACAGCAGCCUCUCUGCUCUGGGCCAUGUCAUCAUGGCCCUGAGCAAUAAGGAGCCACAUGUACCAUACCGGAACAGCAAGCUCACAUACUUGCUGCAAAAUUCUCUGAGGGGCAGUGCCAAAAUGCUUAUGUUUGUGAAUAUCUCCCCACUGGAAGAACAUUUCUCAGAGUCCCUCAACUCACUGCGAUUUGCCUCCAAGGUAAAUCAGUGUGUCAUUGGCAGUGCCAGAGCCAACAAGAAAUAGAAGGGCCAGUCUUUGUGUCGUGUGUAUGGUUUUUAUGUAUGUUAUGAAUCACAGUGACAACUGGUUUUAGACAACUAGGUUACUAUAAUCAUAAAUAGCAAAAUAAAGUUAUUUUCUCACAUGUCAGUAAUUGUAUGUGUUGGUGACUUUUGUUGAGCCGCAUCCCCCUUGGUGCUCGAGUAGGGGCCCAUUUGGAAAUGGAGGCAAUGCACAGAACAAAGCAAAGAUCCCUCUAGGAAUUGAUUUCUUCCU